GUACCUGGGACUUUUCAAAAGCACCUAGAUCUGUAUGAUAGCUAUAGCUAGCUACUUCAAUAAAAGCAACCUGAUCCAAGGCAAAAUAAUGAAUACCAAGAAAAGAAGAACAUGCCUGGAAACAAGCUCAGCUACUUACUUGUGGUCAUAACCCUGGCUAUCUUUGUGCUACAAGCACAAGCAGACACAGAUCAAGAACAGGAUCCAGCUGGAGAUACAAUAUUCCUUAAUGUGAACAAGACAAAAAUCACCUUCAAGAUCACCUCAAAGGAUUCGUCCCUCCGAAACCUCGUUCUGAAUGUGGCGGUCGGAACAUUUCGUGUACAUCGAGAAAAGCCUCGAGGCAGUUACACUGUUACCUAUAAUAGUUGUAAAGACAGUAACCAACCCACAUGGCAGUGUAUGGAGGCACAAAUAACGCUGUGGAGAAGAAAACACAGAUUCCAGAGCAUUUCAUUCAGCCUCUACAAUAUAUCAUCAUUUAGGAAAGUGAAGACUCUUUCCACAAUUAAACUCCAGCGCCAUCGACCACCUACUACUACUGGCCCCACUGACCAGACACCAACUACUGCUAGUAUUGUCGUCAAUACUGACAGUAACAAAGGAGCUCUUGAUUCUGCUUCCAUGGGACUAAUCAUUGCCGUAGCUGUUUGUGUGCUGAUCAUCGUGGCUCUAAUAGCAACAUUAGCUAUGGUGGUGGUGUACAUGAAGAGGAACAAAAAAAUUUCCACUCAGCAAGAUCCAGAGCAGCCAGUCCACAGCCAACUAGACAGUCAACAGCUUGCAUCUGACUAAGGGACUGGAGAACCCAUUCAAUAGCAUUGUUGAGUGUCAGCAAUUUCAGUGACUGAAUUGAGAACUGAAGCACACGAGCAGUGAAGACAAUUGUGCUGUUACAUCAUCCCUGAUACUCAACCUUGUACUGACUAACUAUAUUAUAGUAGUUACAUAUAUGUACGUAUAUUAUUGCUUUGGAAAAUUUUAUUUUUGUAUACUCUUAUGAGUAGUUAUUAUGCUCAAUUAAAUAUUUCGUAUUCUAA